GGUAUACCGAUCUCUACCUGACAAGGGAGUUUGUUCUGAAAGAUCCGUUCUCCAUAAAGGUACAGAAAGCGAAAUGGAAGACAUACCCCGCUACGUCUAUUCACGUAUUGAACCCGAUGAGUUCCGCAUCCUCAAGAUCCUUGAGGUAACUCCCCAGAUUAUAUUCAGCCUGGAGCCAUUCUCCAUUUACGAUGCCCCAGGAUACGAGGCUUUGUCGUACGCAUGGGGUACAUCGCCAGAAUCGGAAGAGAGUAUAUGCAACGGCGCACGUUUUCGUAUCUCCAGGACUUUGGGCCAAGCACUGCGGGGAAUCUACGCAUAUUCCGGAUCAGCUUGGGUAUGGGUCGAUGCGAUUUGCAUCAAUCAAACCGACGCAGUGGAGAAGGCGCACCAGGUGGCGGCGAUGGGCGAACUAUAUUCCUACGCUGACCAGGUCUUGAUCUGGCUGGGAGAGGAAGCCGACCAGAGCGACCUGGCGUGUUCCUUGUUGCCCGAACUUACGGACAGAAUCUGGGCACUGAAGGACAGUGAAGUGGGGUGGAGACCGCUAAGCACAGACGAGGUUGUAGCGCAGGGGCUCCCGCAUCCUGAUGAUCCGCUCUGGCGCGCUGUAUUUUUGCUGUACGGUCGGGCUUGGUUUCAGCGAUUGUGGAUUGUGCAGGAGAUUGUCUUAGCGCAGCAGUGCGUAUUUCUGUGCGGCGCGCGACGGAUUGAGUGGCAAUAUGUGUUGAAUUUUGCUGUCGCGACGUCAAAAUCUUUCUUUGUCGGGAAUAUCGCAGGGCUGCACACCCAAGCGAUGGGGGAGGACCAGGUGCACCGGUCGACGAACGGGAUUAGGCUUAUCAGGAACUCGUGGCGGUUGCAGACGGGGCUGGACCAGCCCGAGAAGGAGAUUGAUGGGAUCCAAGCAGCAAUGGACGUCAUGCAGAGCCAGGGUGCGUCUGUGAAGGUGGACUAUGUUUAUGGAGUCCUCGGCAUGCUCAGUGAGGCCAUGCGGAAGAUGGUAGUGGUGGAUUACUCCGAAGAGGUCAAGCAGAACUACGGGAUGGUUCAUGCUAGCUUUUUCCGGCACUGCUUGGAGAGGGUCACCGAUUGGCCAUCACUGCGUUUCCCUCCGAAGACAUCCCGUGUAAAUACCCCCUCAUGGUGUCCGCCUUGGGGCAGCGGCUGGAAUGACGGCUAUCUGCCCGUCGUGGGUUGCAGGGCUGGGAGACCAAUUGCAACCUCGCUCCCACCAUCCCCUUAUCGUCUAUGCCUUGCGACCGGCGGAGAAAGUGACGGGGUCCUGCGAAUUUCUGGUGUAUCUGUGGACACGGUCCGGGGGAUCGUUCCCCUCAGCCAAGUUUUCGACGAGGACACGAACAUUGUGCACGCACGUCGAAUCUUGAGCGUCCUCCAGGACUGUUCCUCCCACCUCCCCGACGGCGCCGAUGCCCACCAACGUCUUCUAGGGGUUCUAAUUGGCCAGCAUGGCUGGCUCGAAUCACCCCAGUUCUCGGGCCAUCCACACGGCAAUAUACUGGACAGCCUUGUUUCAUUUUUGAAGCCUCUUGCUAAAAGCGAAGAAGAGAAUGAAGGCAAGGCCGGUCAUGUCCCUCUUAACCUAGAUACGGCAGAAUAUUUUUUGGACCAGCAUCGUUUCUGGCGGGGCUAUCUCAACCUCAUGAUGGUUCGAUGGCCAGGUAGAAGCUUUGCGGUAACCACGAACGGCUGUAUGGCGAUAGUUCCCUGUGACACCAAACCCGGAGACACGGUGUGUGUCUUUCUGGGAGCGACACUCCCACAGAUUAUUUCUCGGCAUGAAAACAGGGUACACUGGACGUAUAUUGGACCUAGCGUUGUCGAUGGCGUUAUGAAAGGAGAGAUCUUCGAUACCAUGAAGGAUUGGAUGAACAGGAAGGAGAUCUUCUGUCUGAGGUAGUAGUAUCGGGUAGUCGUCUAGGAGAUCUUGCUGGCGAUGGUGGUAGCUCGCACUGGCCUAUAAGCGCGGCGGAGCAACCCUUUGGUGGAGUCCACGAGAGCGGACUGGGUCGGGAAGGUAGAAUCGUGGCUCUUGAGGAAUAUUUGGAUAUCAAGAGUAUCACGACUGGCAUUUGAAGGUAAACAAUUAGUAAAUCUGGUCUACAAGACAUUUUCUGUCAUACCUUGAAGAUUUUG